UCGCUACCACGAUAGUAAUGUGCUUAUUGUUGAGCCACAUGUGUUUUUAGGUAACUUAUAUCUUUUUUUUAUUAUUAUUUUUAUGUUUGAGUUUGGCGAUUUUGGGCUACGCAUAAAAACGAAUUGCAAUACAGGCGGACUUUUACUUGGUCGAGAGACAAACCGGCGUUGUUUACAACAGAAAUCGCUGUUCGCUGACUAACCCGCUACAACAGCUCUGCUAAGGCUUUUCAAACAUUAAAGCGAUGAGUGGUGGAAAGGAUGAGGAGAACCUCCUGAGGAUGACAAAGGAGGACCUGCAACGCUGGAUACAGGCAGAGGUGGACAAAAACCCUCAGCUGAUGGAGAGACGAGAGCAGCUGGGGCAGGUGGAGGAGUGGGUCAAGCAGAAGGAGAGGGAGUCCACCUACACCCGUUUGUUGUACAGCAAUGCCUCCCAAUCAGUCCUUGAGUGUGAGUCGGUGAUGAAAGGUCUUUAUGGAAUGUUGGGAUUGGAGUACAAAGACGUGGAUUCGGAGGAGGAAGGAGAACAGGUCAAAGAACCACAGGAUGUCAUUCAUAUCACAGAUGAUGACGAGGAGGAUGGAGAGGAUAAUACUGGCCAGGAGGAUGAUGAUCUUGUUGUCAUUGAUCUGGGUGCUACCAAAGAAACCUUGGAACCAAUGCUUGAAAAGGUGACUGUGGCCAUGCAGAAGUCCUCCAAACUGGUUCAGGACUUAGUUCAAAUGGUGAAAAAAUCUUCAGUCGUUAACAUUGAAUCCUCAUCAGAUAUCACACCAAGACCCUCAUCAACCUUGGCGGCUGAGAUCAGCCGUUUUGAGUCUGUUACACCUACGCAUUCUUCCCCACCAAUUAACCAGACAAAACAAAGCAUGGAGCUAACAGACAACUCCUUUGCAAUAAUUAAGACGGAAUCUCUAUGGCCUUCUAAAUUGUCCUUCCCAAGUAAUUCAGGACAGUGUAAAGAUAUUAGCGUUCCUAAUUCAGAAUCCACAGCAACGAUUAAGACUGAACCUCAGUUGACAGCAUUAACCUCUCCUGAAAUUACUUCGCUUCAGAGCAGUUCAAAACAGCACGACACUAUUAAGACUGAACCUCAGUUGAUGGAAUUGACUCCUUCCGAACCAAGCAGUUCGAAACAAUACAAAAAUAUCAGCAGUCAUAAUUCACCAUCCAUAACAUCAAUUAAGACUGAAUCUCAAUUAACAGCAAUGACUCCUUUCGAACUAUCAUCAAUUCCAAUCAGUUCAGAUCAACGCAAAUCUAUUGCUAUGGAAAAUUGGUCAUCCGUCGCAAUGAUUAAGACUGAACCUCAAUUGACCGAAGUAACUCCUGAAAUGUCUUCUCUUCCAAACGAUUCUGAACAAUUUGAAACAAUUCCCAGUUGUAUUUUGGAUUCAAAGGUAAAAAUUAAGACAGAACCUCAAUUGACCUCCAAGAUGCCUUUGCUUCCAAUCAAAAUAGAACAACCCCAUACUACUGCCAGUCAUAAUACAGCAUCCAUAGCAACAAAUGAGAUUGAUCCUCAACAAGCAGAAAAGAUGCCUUCUGAAAUGUCUUCACCUCCAAAUGGUUCAGAACAACCCAAAGUUAUUGCUAUUCAGAAUUCGGAUGCCACAGCGUCCGAUAACGCUGAUCCUCAAUCGACACAGGUGACUACUUCCGAAAACUCUUUACUGCCAAGCAGUUCUAAACAUCCAAAAACUAUUGCCAGUGAUAAAUUGGCUUCUAUGGACAAGACGACAAAAAAAGCAACAAAAAGGAAGAAAUCUGCCAAAUCCUCUGCACCCUCAACAAGUGCAACGACCAGGCUGAGAUCUUCAACAGCUGCUGCAUCCAACACCAGCAGUCCCAUUUCACAAUCUGAAACCUCAAGUACACCCUCACCUGUAGAAGAUAAUGCUGAAUUAACUGACAUAGAGGAGCCUGAAAGCCCUACCAACUCAGAUGAUUCAUCUGAUCCAUCAUGGUUUCCUGAUUCACCAUCAUCCUUACGAUCAUCUACAAAUUCAUUUACCAAAAAAACAACCAGCAAAUCUGUAACUGGCUCAUCUUCAAGCUUCUUUCAACCUGCUGCUUCUAUUGAAUCUUCAGAUGCUAUACAAGUGUCCAAGGCGUCAUCCAGUGAAGUUUCGAAGGCAUCAUCCAGUGAAGUUUCCAAGGCGUCAUCCAGUGAAGUUUCCAAGGCGUCAUCCAGUGAAGUUUCCAAGGCGUCAUCCAGUGAAGUUUCCAAGGCGUCAACAAGUGAAGUUUCCAAGGCGUCAUCCAGUGAGCCCCCCAAGCCUCCAAAGAUACCUAAAGAGAUCGAACUGAAGGUCAGCACAGAGGUUUUGGGGAAGUGGAAGGAUAAGACAUGGUGUCGAGGAACGGUAGAAGAAGUCCAAACAACAGAGGAUGGCAACAUGUAUAUGGUGGAGUUUAAGGAUGGCAAAAAAAGCAUGCUGCCUGCUCACCAAGUGGCCUGUCUGAAAUCUCCCUUGCUCAAGGAUCUGUAUAUUGGCUGUCGUGUUGUGGCCAGCUGCCGAGAUAAUGAAGGGAAGACCUGUUUUUUUGGGGCAGUGCUUGCUGAACUUCCUGAUCGCAAGAAUCGUAUGAGGUUCAUGGUGUUUUUUGAUGAUGGCCAAGUUAUUUAUCUCGCACUGCCAGACCUUCAUUUUGUCUGCAAACAAAUGAAAAAGGUAUGGAAGGACAUUGAGGAUGAGACAGUUCAGUUGGAGGUAAAGGAGUAUCUCUGUUUUUAUCCCAAUCCCAUUGCUGUUGUGCUUCGCGCGGGGCAGGAAACUAAGGCGGAGCGGAAUGGCACGUUUGAGACCUGUACGGUGCUCCAAUUGGAUGGAAGUCUGAUCCAGAUCUGCUUUAAGAGGGACAAGCAAAAACAAUGGGUGUAUAAAGGCUCAGAAAAGUUGGAGCACAUUGUUAAUAUCAAGAAGCGUCUUGCUCAACAUAAAACACAACCCGCUAAACCAGUAAGUGCUGUGCCUCAGCAAAAUACAAUUUCCCCCUCGACAACUGCUACCUCAACAACUGUCUCUCCCACACAAGCAAACCAUCAAGCUGAAACCAAAGUCACCAAAACACCAUCUAUUACUGCUCAAAAUCCCACAUCAGAUGUAAACGUGACCCAACAAGCUGAUGCCAUAGUCACCAAUACACCAUCUAUUAACCCUCAAAAUCCCACGUCAGCUGACACUCCCACAAGUGUGACCAGACAAGCUGAUGCUACAGUCACCAAAACACUGUCUGUUAACCCUCAAAAUCUCACCUCGGCUAUUUUACAACCUAAAAUCAUUCUACAGAAGUUGGUAAUGCCCUCAUCCAGGGUAGCAAAGGCUAAUAUGCAAACAGCAGAGUCUUUUAGAAGUUCAAAACGACCAGCCCCUAAUGAGAAAGAGGAGCAUUUUUCAGAGAAAGACCACUCCAAGUCUGCAUACAUAUAUCAUCGCUGUUGUCCAGCAUGUCUGGAUGGGGUGAGACCGUCUCUGGUUGACAUGCAUCAUGGUCAGAACCCACUUCUUAUUCCUUUGCUUUUUAAGUUUCGUCGAAUGACAGCUCGGAGGCGCCUCGAUGGAAAGGUUUAUUUUCACAUUUUCUAUCGUUCUCCGUGUGGGCGGAGCCUAUGUGACAUGGUGGAAGUGCAAGAAUACCUGUUUGAAACGCGCUGUGACUUCCUCUUCCUGGAGAUGUUCUGUAUGGACCCGUUUGUCCUUGUGAAUCGCGCCCGACCCCCUUCCAUUUCAACCAGCCAGCCUCACCUUUACCUGCCGGACAUAACAAUGGGCUGGGAGGUGCUGCCAGUGCCCUGUAUUAAUGAGGUGGACAAUACACCUGCUCCUAAUGUCAAGUACACCAAAGAAAGAGUUCCAGCUCCAGGUGUCUCCAUCAACACAAGUCUAGACUUCUUGACUGGCUGUGACUGUACUGAUGGCUGUCGGGACAGGUCGAAGUGUUCAUGCCACCAAAUGACCAUUGAUGCCACAUCAUUAUGCAAUGAUGGUCCUGUAGAUGUUACUGCUGGAUACACUCAUAAGAGACUGCAAACAGGCUUGCCGACAGGGGUGUAUGAGUGUAACCCUCUGUGCCGCUGUGACCCGAGAAUGUGCAGCAACAGGCUGGUUCAGCACGGUUUACAGCUGCGACUGGAGCUCUUCAUGACGCAGCACAAGGGAUGGGGCAUCCGCUGCAAAGAUGACGUGGCCAAAGGAACAUUUGUGUGCGUUUUCACUGGUAAAGUAGUGAAUGAAGACAAAGUGAAUGAAGAUGACUCUGUGUCUGGAAAUGACUAUUUGGCCAACCUUGACUUCAUUGAGGGGGUGGAGAAGCUGAAAGAGGGUUAUGAGAGUGAGGCGUACUGCUCAGACACAGAGGGAGAAAGCAAGAAGUCCAUAAAAAUGAAAACGGGGCCAUUAUGGAAAAAUACCCUCUACAAUGAAGACUCCAGCAGUGGUGAAGAAAAAUAUGAACCUAUGCAGGUGGAAACUGAGCAUGAGGAGAUGGAUGUCUGUGAUGAGUACAACACUGUGCUCAACACAGUGCAAACACUGUCCACUGAGCCUGAUGAAAUAUCUGAAGAUACACAGAAGAAUUUGACUGUCUUAGCCAAUCAAAAAAAAGAAGGCCAAAAGACCUCAGCUCCGAGACGCUGCUUUGCCAAGAAGUCGUGCCAGAGAAGAGUAAAACCACUAGAAACAUCUAAAACACUGAGCGAGACAACGAGGACAAUACAACCUGCCAGCAACACCCGCAGGCUGUUCAACAGAGAGGAGGCGUGUUACAUCAUUGAUGCGAGACAGGAGGGCAACCUCGGGCGCUACAUCAAUCAUAGUUGCAGUCCCAAUUUAUUUGUCCAGAAUGUCUUCAUCGACACACACGACCUCCGUUUUCCCUGGGUUGCUUUUUUUGCUAGCAAGCGCAUAAAAGCUGGUACAGAGUUGACAUGGGAUUACAACUAUGAAGUGGGCAGUGUGGAUGGGAAGGUUCUGCUGUGCUGCUGUGGCUCAUCGCGCUGCACGGGCAGGCUGCUCUGAUGUUGCUCUUUCAACUUAAGAUGGAACACAAUGUCUCUGUGUCAUUUAUCUAGUUAAAACCUGUGGCACUGUUUUGGAAGAGCAUUACAUUUAAAGACUAAUUCCAAAUGAAAUGUAUAAUGCAAUGUACGGUUUGAAUUAUUAUUUUGCCUUGUUGUUGUUAUUUGUUAUGUUUAGUAAAUUUUAUGUUUUUUUUUUAACAUCUGCAAGAAAUGUGAAGAUUUGUAUAUUAUUUGUAAAUAAAAUAUUAA